AUGUCGAACAGAAUUGAGAAACUUCAGGGUGGCCGCAAUCCUAUCCACCUUCGCGGAAACGACCCCAAACUCGACACCACCACCACUCCCCCAAGAAGGGUUUGCACUUGCGUGACCCCCAGCGGCAGCAGCAGCUUCAAUCCUGAAGCAGCUCCUUUCACUCCCACUGCCCCUACUGCCUUUGUCAACACCCCCGAUUCUUCCCCUGCUGACCCUCAGUCUAUAGAGAAGAGCCCUGAGGAAAGGCGCGCACAGCGUCUUCGGGAGAUCAAGUCCAUCGAAGAUGAGCGGGAUCGUGAGAAUGCGAUGAAUGACUUUAUCUGGGAAAUGCAUACCGAGUGGUCUGCUAAGGACCUGGCUAAAGAGAAGGAGGAGAAGGAGUUGGAGGAGCGCCGCCAGAAGUUUGGCCGUCAUGACGAGGAUUUCCCCAACAAGUAG